AUGAAAUGGUUACGUUUAUCAAUUGUUGAUAAUCUUGAUAUACGUGAAAUUCUUGAUUGGAAUUAUUAUAUUGAUCAUUUUAAUAGUUGUAUAUUUAAAGCUUGGUGUUUAGUUGAACAUGAAUUAGUACAAAUUGAAAUAAAAAUUUCAAGAAUAUUUUAUGUUAAUUAUCGUACAUCAAUUGAAAAUAAUAAUAAUAAUACAUAUGAACAAAUCAAAUCAAUACGACGAUCAAUUGGUUAUAAACGUACAAUAAAUAAUUAUUCAAAACAUGUUAAUCGUUUAUUAUCACGUUGUUCACAAGCUUAUUAUUUAUAUGAAUAUCAGUUAAGUAAUCCAAAUAUAAGUGUUUAUGAAAUGAAUGCAUCCUUAGAUUUUAGUUUACUUAUUAUACUUGAUUGUAUAUGUUCAUUACAUAAAGAAUAUCAUCGUACAAAUAUACUUUCAAAUUUAUAUCAUUUUAAUGAAUUAGAAUUUUUAUCAUUAUCAGAAUAA